AUGGAUCCAGUAGAGCAACGUUUCAGAACCAAUUUAGCAAAGGCUUUACCCAAUCUAUCGAUAGCCACGCAGGCCGUACACGCAGACGAUGUCCUCAACAAUGUGGACGACGUGGCGCCGCCAAUCCACGUUGCCGCAACUUUCCGUUAUCCACGAGCUCCGGACCUCAUGCGGGAACACCACGAGAGACCUUCUUAUCCGGUUCUAGAUGUCGGGGAGCACUGCUAUUCAAGACAAUCCACGCCAGGGCUGUCGCGCCUUGAAGCCAUCUUGUCUUCCAUCUUAGGCCAACCCUGCAUUGCCUACUCCUCUGGCCUUGCAGCAUUUCAUGCUUUGCUGAUCAUGCUGGGACCUAAGAAAGUCUCUAUCGGCGCGGGAUAUCACGGAUGCCAUGGGACCCUGGAACUAUAUGCCCGUGCUUCUGGCACCGAGAUACUCUCACUCGACUGCCCCGUUGACCAAUUAGGACCCGGCGACUUGAUUCAUCUCGAGACACCCGUCAAUCCGACCGGAAAAGCCUUUGACAUUCAAUAUUAUGCAGAUCGUGCCCAUUCCAGAGGUGCCUACCUUAGCGUAGACUCGACCUUUGCACCACCUCCACUCCAGGACGCAUUCAUCCAGGGUGCAGAUAUCGUCAUGCACUCUGGAACAAAAUACAUCGGUGGCCACUCCGAUCUCCUAUGCGGCAUUCUGGCUAUUAAAAGUGGCAGCCCCGGCAACGAAUGGCUCCAGCAACUCCAUCGGGACAGACUGUACCUUGGAUCCAUCAUUGCAGGUUUUGACAGCUGGCUUGCAACUAGGAGCAUCCGCACUCUCGAGAUGAGAGUUCUCAAGCAAAGCCAGUCGGCCCAGACUAUCGUCAAUACAUUAAGGCUUGGCUUGGUGGGGACAACUCCCAGUGAUAAAGAGGUCCAGAUCAUCCAGAAAGUGGUCAAAGAAAUUCACCACGCCAGUCUGCAGGACGAAGCUAAUACGGAAGGAAGCUGGCUACGAAAACAAAUGCCCCGAGGAUAUGGACCCGUGUUUUCUCUGACACUUCACAAGGUGGAAUAUGCCCGGAACCUUCCGUCAAAGUUGACUCUCUUCCAACAUGCAACUAGUCUCGGCGGUGUGGAAAGUUUGAUUGAGUGGAGGACAAUGACGGACUCGACGGUGACAAAGGACUUUUUGAGAAUCAGUAUUGGCGUAGAGGGUCCGGAAGAUCUCUUGGCGGAUCUACUUCGAGGUUUAGAAGCCGUCAUGACUGAGGCUAGUUGA